AUGUUGAAGUCUCCUAACCAAGCGAAUAAUAUACUUUCUACCUAUGCGGGACGAGUUAAAAAACUUUUUGAAACUUAGAAUAAAAAGGGAAAUUUUGAAUAAGGUUUUAAGAAUUAAACGCAAAAUAAAUUUACAUCUGUGGACGGAGAUACAGUAGUUUGUACAUGCGAAUGCCAUGGAUAAAAGCAAUCUUAGCUAAAGAGAAAAAUUGUGCUGAAUAAAGGAGGUACUAACUCAUUUAAUUCUUUUAGAGGAAAAUUUAAAAGUGCUUAGUAAAAUCUUAUUUAUACAUCUCGCUCAUCAAAAAUCAAUUUAUUUUUUAAAGUGCUCAAUGAAACUAUUCUAUCAAAACCUAUUUAUAUUUAUACUCUUAUUGCAUUAUUAUUCUUCUCCUACCGCUCUUAAGUUUCUCCAUAUACAUAUUAAGUAUUCCUCAUACCUUUGUUAUUCUAUGUUGCCUUGGCUAUUAUCAAAGAGUAUUACAUUAAUUACCAUAAAUUUCUUCUUGACAGAGACAUUCUAAGGGGUUAUUAAGUUAAAGUUUUAAAUAAAUUAAGCUAAGCAAAAUAAUAAAUUUAAAGUUAAAAUAGUAAAUCUAGUAAUAGCCAAUCAACUCAAAAUGAAAACGAAAAAGAAAUUAACCACUUAAAAUGCUGUUUACUAGAGCCAGGUGAUAUCCUACUCAUUAAGAAAGAUGAGUUUGUUCCAGCUGAUGUCUUAAUAUUGGAUUCUUCAGAAAGAUACUUUGAUGUGAACACAUAAAAAAUUAAUGGUCAAAGCUCACUUUAACCGAAAGAAGCGCUUAGAGUAACCUUUGAGGAUCCUAAUUCUCAAGUAAAAGGGAAAUUUGAAGAAUACAAAAAGUAAUUAAACUGUACUGUCGAAUAUAAUUAUGAAAGUAAUAUUGCUGAAGAAAUGGAGGGAACUCUGAGAUUAAAAGUUGAACCUACCGGUGAAAAAUUUACGAUUUAAAAUAUUUUAUUAAAUGGAACUUAUUUGCAUCGCGUUGACUGGGUUUUCGGAUUAGUGUUAAAGUGCGGAAAAGAAAGUCAUAUUUAUGAUAAUACAAAUUACAAUAUCAGGAAAAAAAAUUUUUUUGAAAGAAUAAUAUCAAAAUUUAGUUAUUUUCUUAUAGCUGUACUCAUUAUGCUCUCUUUGCUAAGUAGAUUGCUUUACACUGAAAGAAGAGCUAACGAUACCUAGUUAUCUGAUGUACAAGCCUAUCUUAGUUAAAAUUAUUGGCAUAAUGAUAAAACAAUUUUAAUUGAUAGUAGAACAUUUUAUAUAAUAUAUAGCAUAUGUUUACCUUUGAGUAUAUUUGCUUUAUUAGACUUUUUGUUAAUCUAUCAAAAGAUAUAACUGUAGUACAAUAACUCGUCAUAAAAACAACCAAUAGUAGUAAAUAAUCCAGAUGCUCUUCCUAAUUUAAGUGUUGUAAAUUGGGCAUUUUUUGAUAAAACUGGAACAAUUACUAAUAAUCGCCUAAAAAUAGAAUCAAUUAUUGUUGAAAAUGAGCUUUAUUUUUUAGAUAAAUAAUCUUAAUUUUAUAAACAAAUGCUUGACGUUGAAAAUCAAUAGGAUCUUUUUAUAGAUGAUUAAGAUAUCUAAUUAGCCUAACUAGGAAUUCAACCUGCUGGAUAAAGUGUAUUGAAUCCUAAAAAUAAAGAUGAACAAGAAGAUUAAUAUAAACACUAAGAAAGUGCAAAUCAAUUAACUGAGACACUCAAAAUGAAUCAAAAUAAUAAUUAUAAUACAAAAAUAUUUGAUAGCAAACACAAUCUUAUGUAAAGUAAUAAUCCUUUUGUAGCUAAAGUUGCUAUUUAAACAUCUAUUAUGAUGAGUAAUAAUAAUGGGAACAUAGAAUCUUCUUUAUUUGGAGUAAAAAAUGGUAUGGAUUCAAACAAAUUAAAAAUACAAAAAAAUGGUUCCUAUCGUAUGAAUACUUUAGGAGAAGUUUAAAGUCCUUUUGGUAAGAGCACAUCUAAUUCACAAGAGUAGCGCAAGCGUAUUGAAUCUGUUUUUGUUAAAGCUCCUAGCCGCUUUGCUCCUAGCAGUAAUAAUAACAAUAGCACAAAUGCUAAUAUAGUCUUAGGAUUAACUUAAAAUGAGGUAGUCAGUUUGAAUGAUUUAAACAAAAAUGAUAAAAAUAAAGCGAAUGCUUUUUCCCCUAUAAUAGAAGCUUCAAUUUAAAGAAAUGAGCACUCCCUUGAUUCUAUUCCUUAAAAGGGUGGAGCAGAUAAUAAUAAACUUUAAUUUUCUCCAGAUUUCAACUAAACUAAAAACUAAAAUCACAACUAAAAUUUAGAUUAACAAUAAGAUAGAAAAUAUUCUUUUGCGUUAGAUUAUUAGUAAUAACAAAACUAAAAUUAUGAAAAGAAUAACUAAAAAUAGUAAUAAGAUCAGUAAAAUGAAUAAGAUUAUCAAGGUAUUGAAAACCUUCAAAGGGAUGAAAACAGAGUUUAAAUCAGUACAAAUAGAUCUCUUGAAGUAAAAUCAGAGGAAUGCAUAAUAAAAAACCAUAAUAGAAACAAUGAAACUAAUAAAAAUAACUCAGAUAUGAAGAAUUAAAGUGACGAAUAAGGAAUGAUUUGCAAUUUCCUAGGUUUGCAAGAUGAUGAAAAUUAAGAAAAAAAUGAACAUAAUAAAGGGAACUAUAUUACAUAUUAAAAUAAAGAUAAUGAAGUAAACAAUAUAGGUCUUUUAUUCAGCAUAGGCUCGAAUUAGAAAGUCAAAAUGCCAAAGAAACAUAAUACAAUUAUAUAAGAGGUGGAGGUUAAGUAUGAAGGAGAAGAUGAAGAAAAUGAUGAUUAGAGAGAGUAAAUGGCCUAAAAUAUAAAUAGAGAUUUAUCUCCUAAAAGCAGUAUACUAGCAGGUAAAUAAAAAUCUAGUUCCUCUGCUAAUAUUACCAAUUCUAAUCAUCCUUCAAGCCCUAAAUUUAAGUCUAACAAAUCUUAAAGUUUUAAUAAUUUACAUGAUAUAAAUGGGUAAAUAAAAAUGAAUAACACUGUAAUGAACACAGAAGGUUAAACAGGUAUGUUUGGCUAAGAUUCUUCCAUUUAAGAGCAAGAUGAAAUAAAGGAGGAAUAUUCAGUUAACAUUUCAGAGGAAGAAGAAAACUUAGAACUUCCUUCAGAAAAUUAAGAAGUUAAUCGAGUUACCAUGUGGAAUUUUAGUAAUCAACAACAAAUUAAAAUAUAAAAUUUUACUCUCUAUGAUAUUUAAUCUCCUAGCACAUAUCAUAUUAAUCCAUUAGCAGUUCCUUAGCCUACAGGUAACUCUUUUAUCUAACAAAAUAAUGAAAAGAAAUUUUCUCUUUAAAAUUUAGAGGUUGUGUCUCCUCUCCCAAAUUUUAAUGUUAAAAAAGUAACAUCCAACUUGUAUGAUUAAUAAGAGUCUUUUCCAAAUAUAUUAAAUCCCAGCGAUAAAAGAAUUCAAGGAUUUGAUUUAUAAAGCAAGCAACCUUCUGCUUAAGAAUUAAAAAGCCCUUCUUUGAAAAUUGAAUCAAAAGAUAUGAUAACAAGUUAAACUUCUUAAAAAGGGUUAUAGUCUUUUAAAAAAAGAAUGCUAUCACGUGGCGCUAGCUUAGAUAUUAAUUAAGCAGCUAUUAUCAAUAAACGAGGAGUUCGCUUUGCCGGAGCUAAUGGUGAGGAUAAUAGCAAUGGUACUAGUCCUUUGUAGCGCAGUAAUACUCUAAAGUAGAUUCAUGAAGUUUCAAAAUAAUUUUAAUACUUGAAACAUUCAAGGAGCAAUAAUACUAAUGAAAUCUUAAAAAGUAAUACAUCUCCUACAGAAUUUAAAAAAACUGAAUUGAAUUUGCUAAGUGAGCUUGGAGAUCUUUCUCCAGUUAGCUUUAAAAGAGCUAAUCAUCUAUAAAGAUUAACUCGUAUGAAUUUAUAAAUACUUUCUCAUUAAAAUGCUCCAACAAAUGCUAUCGCUAACACAACUACAAGUAACAUUAAGCAAAGCCAAAUGAGCGAAAUAAGUAUUUAAAAAAUUACUUACCACGAAGGAGAAGAAGAGUUUAUAAAUCGUCUUUCUGAUUACAAAGAUUCAACUUAGGACUUUGUAAAAGCUUUAAUAGUUUGCUAAGGGUGGAAAAUCAAGGUAGGAAAAGAUGGUCGCCACAAAAAAAUGGAUGGUAAGAAACGAGAAGACGAAUACAUAUUUAAAUACAUUGAAAACUUAGGUAUAAAAUGUAAGUUGCAAAUGAAAAGAAAUUAAUUUUAUAUUAUUUCUAAUACCAAAAAUCCUACCGCUCCCAGCAACAAAGUAGUUAUUAGAAAAUCAAUAGAUUUUUAUAGAGAAAGAAAUCGCUCUUCGUUUCUUGUAGAAGAGUCAUAGAUUCCUAACGAAAAUGAAAAAAUGUCAAAAAUAUUAAACUCCCCUGUUACUUAUCAUUUGUACGUGAGAGGAGAUACUUCCAUAUUAGAUCUUUGCAAGGACAUGAAUGAAAUGUUUAAAGAGAGGUUAAGAUUCUGUAUUGCUAAAUAGUUUGAUUUAGGUUGCAGAGCUAUCAUCUAUGGAAAAAAGUAAGUUACUAGAAAAUAAGCAGAAGAAAUAGAGUCUAACAUUAAAACUAUGAAAUCUUAAGUUGAAGAAUUUGAAGGAUUUUAUGAUAAAUUAUUACAAGAAAUGGAAUCUGAAAUUCACUUCCUUGGUUGCAUAUUUAUUUAAGAUUAAAUUAAUGAAGGAUUCCAAGAAAAUUUAUAGUUCUUGAAUGAUUCAUUGGUUAAAGUUGGUAUUUUAUCAGGCGACACUUAAGAAAAAGUUAAAUCUGUAGCGAAUCUUACCUAGUUCACCUCUCCCGAGUUUGGCCUAUCAUAGAAAAUAUUUGAGAUAGAAGGUACAACUCAUGAUGAAAUUAGUAUUUCUAUCAAAAAAAGUCUUGCAAGUCUAAAAGACUUAAUUUCAUCAAAUGAAUAAUCUGAUAAUAAGAUGCCUAUGGUAGAGAAUCGUGAACCUGAUUAUCAUAAUGUGCAUGAUGGAAACAAUAUUGAGAAAAAUCUUGAAUAAAAUUAACUAUUAUAAUCUAUUUAAUUUACAUAAGAUAGGAAAGUAUUUUAGAAUGUGCUUAUAGUAGGACAGAAAUAACUAGAUUUGAUUUCGACAAAUCAAACAUUAGAAGCACAUUUUGCUUUUAUUCUAGCACAUGUAGGAAAAGUAAUAGCAUAUGAAUUAAGGGCUGAACACAAAUAAUAUUUUGUUAGAUUAGUUAAGUUUAUUGAUCCUAAAAAUGUUGUUAUGAGUAUCGGAGAUGGUUGGAAUGAUGCUUUAAUGAUGCAAAUUAGUGAUGUCUCAUUCGAACUUAGAUAAGGUGAUAUAAGCAAUUAAAAAGCAGAACACGCAUUAUCAUCAGAUCUUAAAUCAAUAUAAACUUAAAAAUCUUAAGUUAAUAGCUCAAAAGUAAUGAAAAAAUAAUAACCAAAAAAGGCUCAAACUUAUGGAAAUCAUAUUUUAAAUAAAGAUAUCAUUUUUCCUUUUAGAACCACUCAAUUUUCACAAGAUGAUGAGAAAAAAAAGAUUAUAACCUCAUUCUCAUUUCCCAAUGCAGGUGAUUUGAUUAUUCAAGACUUGCAUCUCAUUUAUCACUUGAUGAAAAGUUAUUCUCCAAAACUAUUUAAGUAGUUCUAAUACAUCAUUUUCAAAAGCUUCUACUUUUCAUUUUUACUAUUUCUUUUUAAUCUAUCUUCAAAUUGGGAAUUUUUCUCAGGAAAUUUGCAACUUAAAAAUUCAGACAUCAUCUUCCUUCAAAUCAUUUUAUUCAUACCAAGAAUUAUUAUUUACAUUCUCCUGUAUGAUCCAACGAAAAGUAAUAUGAAACUGCUUGAAUAAUUUGAUAAACUUUAUCACAACAAUAAAGUACAAAGACAAUAGCUCAGAGUUAGUUCAUUAUUCACAAAUUCACUUAUUGAAAGCAUAAUUCACUUCCUCUUAAUUUUUCUAACAUGUGUUUUCUCAGAUAUAAAUGAAAGUUUUGAGAAUUUGAGAUUAUCGAUUAUUCUUUAGGUUAUUAUAGUAACUCAUUUUAAGAUGUUCUACUCGUAAGAAUUAAAUGUGAGGUUUCCAAAUAUUGUUAUUACUUGCAAUAUUAUUUUUGAGAUCAUAGCUUCUUAUCUCUAUCUAGGAGUAUAUUUAGAAUAUAGCUCAUUUACCAGAAGUGAUUUAGGAGAAAUUUUUAGAAAUGGAUAACAAAUGAUGUGUAUCAUAUUUAAUGUUAUUAUGUGCAUUCUAUUCUCUUACUUGUAUUCUGAAUUUAGAGUAGUUAUAAACGACUAGCUGCUGAAUAAAUUCUUUAAUUAAAUUGAAAUUAUGUCUCAGCAAAUUAAGCAAAUAUUUGAAAGUGUGAGGAGAAAAUAAUCAUCACACACUUUAGGUGAUUAAUCUAAUAAAUAGUCUCACUCAAUGAAUCGUGUCAACAGCUAUCAUUAACUAAUGUUUGAUAAAGAAUGGUAGCAAUAUAUUGAAGUUAUUGCUUAGCUUGAACAUUUUUUAGAAAAUUAACUCACUCAUAUUAAAAAACCAUUUUAGCUUAUCAAAAAAAUCUUUAAAAAUGUCAAAAUUGAUAAGCACAUAGAAUAAAUUUUAAAUCCUGCUGAACUUUCUAUGAGUAUAGACUAAGGAUUCAGUAAAACGAGCUUGCAGUUUAUUGAUUAAGGCUUACAAAAAAAUUAUGAUGCUUAGCAUAGCAAAUAUACUUUGAAUAGUCUUCGUUUUAAUAUGGGUUUAAUCACUAUUCCUUCUCUAAUUAUUUGUAUUUUAUCUUAUUCUUUAAAUGAACCAUUGAGUGGCGAAGAAUCAUAUUCUGAAAAUGUAGCUACUUUUAGGUUAUUCACUUUGAUUAUAUGUAUCAUUUACAUCAUAUUAAGUUUCGCUUUGUUAAGAGAAAAAUUCUUAGUUAUAAUGAAUUAAAUCAUGUUUUUGUUUAUUGCUGUCACUUUAAUAUUCUAGAUUAUUUAUGGAUGGUAUAAAAAAAUAGAUUUUAUUGCCUUGGCUCCUUUUAUCAGCUAUUUUAUCAGUUUAAUUCCUUAUAAAUUCAUUCCUUCUGUUUUCUUUUCCUCAUUUAAUCUAGCUCAACAAUAUGUUUGGUUUGCAGUACACAUUAAUUAAGAAAUUAUUAAAGAUUAACAAUAAUACUUGAAAGAAGGAUAGUCAACUUUGUUUUCAGUAUACUUAUAUAUUUGCUAUUUCGCUCUCAUUUUCACAAUAUUAGGAAUCUCACUAUAAAAUAAGUACAUAGAGGAAACAGAUUAAAAAAAUUAAUUCCUCCUUAAAAUUUAGUUUUAAGAAGAAAAAUCUUAAAGGCAAGAUAUAUUAGGUAUUUUACUUCCUGAGUUUAUACGUGAAGAUGUGAUUUUAGGUAAAACAAAUUUCUCAAGAGAUUAAGAAGAGGCAUCUAUCUUAUUUUGUGAUGUUAGUGAUUUCGAUAAAAUAAUGGAUAGAGAAGACUACAAGAUCGUGUCUUUGUUGGAUAAUCUUUUUAGAGAAUUCGAUGAGUUGACAUUCUAAUAUGGAUUACAAAAGAUAGAAACAGUAGGAAAGACUUACAUGGCUGCUGGUGGUUUAAAAGCAGUAGAAAAAAAUUUAAGUAAAAAGAUAACAAAAUCUCAUCAUUUCAUAAGAAUGCUUAUAAUGUCUAAUAAAAUGCAUUAAGUAGCAGCAAAAUCGUAAUGGGGAGAUGGCUAUCCUGUUAAAUUAAAAAUAGGUGUUCAUAUUGGUCCCAUAACAGCAGGUGUUAUAGGCUAUCAUAAACCUCAAUUUUCACUUAUAGGUGAUACAGUCAAUACAACGAGCAGAUUAUGUUCAAAUUGUGAGCCAGGGAGAUCUCUUUUCUCUGAUAUUAUCUUUGAAAAGAUUAGCCCUUUCUUAGAAAAUAAUACAACAGACAUAGAUUGGGCUUAUGAAGAAUUUUAGUUUGAAGCAAAAGGUAAAGGCUUACUGAAAUCAUAUUAUAUUGCUGAAUUUAUUGAAAACGACUUUUAAAAAUCUUAAAAUAUUGAGUACACAUCUAUCGACUAUGAUAAAUAAUAGUAAAAAGUUCGUUAAGUAGUCUAAACAAAGAGAUAAAAAGAUAGAUACAAAACAAAAAUAUUUGAUCUAAAACCUCACUUCACUGAUAAUGAAUUUGACAAUGCAGUGGAUGAAAGCUAAGAAUUAAGGAGUCCUGGCGAUCAAAACUCAGGAGAUAUGCCUAAAUCUUUAAACUUUAAGAAAUCCAUCAUAGAAGGAGAUCCAUUUUUUGAUAAGAAAAAAAAUCGUAAAAAUUCAGGUAAUAAGGUAGUUUCUGAUGAAUUUAAAAGCUAAGAUUCUCUUCACAAUGAAUAAAAUAGCAAAUCAGUUCACAAAUAUCCUAGCAACAACACCAGCUAUAUUUAGCCUAUUUCUAAUAAUGUAAGCUUAAUAAAUAUUCAAGUUCAAAAAAAUUCUGAACUUAAUGGAUAGAACGAAACAUCAAAUAUGCUUAGUCCCUCUAUAUUAAAGAAAAGAGAGAAAAAUGAUAGAAUUAAUGGAAUAUUGAAUUUGAAAAAAAGCAGACCAAAUUCUGUGUAAAACUCUUUAAUUUUAGAAAAUGGAGUUGAAGAUCAGAAAAGGUAUCCUUCCAAUAAGUCUAUUCCUUUAAACAAUACAGGUAUUAAAGUUUAAAUGAAUGACCAAAAAUCUAUUAAUAGCUUGUAGAUGGGAGAUUAAUAAAAUCCUUAAGAAGAUGAUCGUUCAGCUAUAGUGGCUGCAUCUACAUACAAAGUAAAUUAAGAUAGUGAAAAUAAUAGAAGAUUCAGCAAACUCAAGAUUAUUGAUCCAAAAGGUAUUUUGAAGAGGUAAAGCAGCAAAGUCAAGGAAGACUUGAUGGAGAAAUCGAUAAUGAGUGAUAUUGGUAAGAAUAUUUAAAAUAUUGACUAAGAGGAAUCUUAAUCUACUUCCGCAACUGAUGAAAAUGAAAUAGAAGUACUUAAAUACAAUUGGUUUUUAUUAGCAAAUAACCAUGAUUAGAAUCACCUUUUCAAAAAUUUCGAAUCACAACAAUUUUAGAAACAUAGCUUCGUUUUUAACAUUUAGUUGGUAAUAAUGCUGCUUCUAAAUUUCUUAAUGAUGACAUUCCGUAUAUUGAUUCUUUAAAAUGGUCUGAACUGGAUAUUCUAUAGUAUAGAUAUUAUAAGCAUAGUUAUGGCAAUAAUUCCUGUUUUGAGUUGGGAAAAGCUAUGGAAGACCCAUUAACUUCGUACAAUAACACUUUGGGUUUACUUGCUCAGCAUAAUUAGUAUUUUAGGAGAAUAUUGUUACUCGUACAACGGUGUUUUCAAAAUUUUUGAUAUGCUUCAUAUUUAAAUAAUAGCAAUCAUGGCUAUUAUAAACAAAUGCUUACGUUUUACUGAUGCUAUUGUAUUUUCUUUCUGCUUGAUUAUAUCUUUCUAAAUCAUAGAUAUAUUUAAAGGUGCUUAUUGCAUGUCUGAUAUAAUCUUAAUUACUCUACCAAUUAUUGGUUUCCUGUCUUAAAAAAGAUAGUCUACAAAAAGGUGCCUUGAAUUCUUCAAUAAAAAUAGAAGCAAUGAUCACCAAAAACAUUAAGAAGUACGUCUGCUAGUUCACUUACUUCCUUCACAUAUAUUUGACAGAUUUUUAAGAAACCCUGAAGAUAAUAGUAUUUUUACUGAAAAAUUCACAUAAACUACUCUACUAUUUGCAGAUAUUUCAGGAUUUACAGCUUAUUCAAGCAAUAAAAAGCCUGAAUAAGUAGUUCAUAUGCUCAAAAGUUUAUUCACUAAAUUUGAUCACAAGUGCAUUAAGCAUAAUGUCUUUAAAUUAUAUACCAUUGGUGAUUGCUACAUUGUAAUGGGUUUCUCUGAUGCUAACAAGAGAGAUCCUCCCGCUGAAGCUAAAAACGUACUAGAAAUGGGAUUCUCUAUGAUUGAAUCAUUACGUUAAUUUAGACUAGAACAAAAAGACCCAUCUGAUUAAAAUGCUGAUAUUCACAUGCGUAUAGGCAUUCACAUAGGAGAUAUAAUCGGUGGUGUUAUUGGUAAAAAUGUAGUCCGUUAUGACAUUUAUGGAAAAGAUGUUUUGCUUGCUAACAAAAUGGAGUCUAAUGGAGAAAGAGGUAGGAUUUUAAUAAGCGAUCCAUUAAAACAAGUAAUUCAAGAGCAUUUCCCUGAUAAGUUUGAGUUUAAGUCAGGACCUGAAGUUUAAGUUAAAUCAAUAAACAUCAAAAUGAAAAGUUACUUUGUAGACUAAACUCAAAAGUAAGAUUGA